AAUUUUCUAUCAACAAUCAACUAAAAAAGGAAAAUAUUGAAAAAAAUAAAUAAAUCUUGGAUUUCGUGUACAAUUAAUGAAAAAAUAAUUUACAGAGUAUAAAUCUUAAUAAAUAAAAACAUGAAUUCUAGCCGUUCUACGUCUACAUCAUCGUCUGGAAGUUCAACAAGCAGUGGAAGUACAAGUUGCACAGAUAGUGGAUCAUCUUCAACAGAUUCUGAGAGUACUACCUCCAGCGAUGCCAAACCUUUAAAUGCAUCUAGAGGUAAUGAUAAUAACAAAAAUAAGCCGCAAGUAACAACCAGAAGAAAGAGCUCGGAAAGUAAGGCAAACCAACAAAAGACAACGGCGGAGGCAGAAAAAACUAAACUUAAUACGAGCAACAGUUCGACGGUAGCCAAGCAACCUAAUAAAAAUAUAACUUAUUCCAGUGAUGAUGAUACACCACCUGCUAAAAAACCACUUAAAAGGCUGUCGACUACAUCUACGACACAGCCCAGUCAAAGGCGAAGAUCCUCUGGGGGUUUUGCCUUGACAGCCUCCAAAUUACAAAAGGCACAAUCAGAGAACACAACUUCUGGCAUAGAAGUAGCAAAAGACACUAAACCGGCCAAGACAAAUGAAAAUGAGAAAGAUAAAUCAACAAUUUUGCCAAUAGCUGUAGAUCCUGAUGUUAUAACGAAAACAAAUACAACACCCAUAAAAAAGGCAAAACAAGAACCACAAACCAAGGCCGUAGGCAAGAAUACAAAUUCAGUUAAUGAUAACACGGAGCAGACAACUACUAAAGCAAAACAAAUUCCAAAUAAGCGAAGCAAUGGUCCAUCUCAAUCCAUAAGAGCAGCUGCUGCUGCAACGUCAAGAAAAAAAUGUUCUGACGAAUCUGAGUAUGAUAGUGUUUCCGGCUCAGAAGAUGAUUCUUCAAGUAGUAGUAGCGAAACUGAAAGUAGUGACAAUAGUUCAUAUAAUUCCAAGGCCGAAAAGGGUGGGGGCGAAGGUAUAGGCGGCAAACGACGUCCGAAGAAUAGACAUACCGAAAUAGGUGCUAAAAAUAAAAAUGAAUUUUCCGAUUCAGAUAGAGGAGAGAGUCCGCCCAAGAAUACCAGAAAUAGAAAACUUACACGCUCCCUAAGUACCAGAAGAAACAGCAAACCAUUAGUUAAAACUUCAGCUGGAGCCAGUCAGCAGGAUGGUGGUUCAGAUUCCGAUUCAGAAGCUAUUAAUGGUACCGUGGGCGAUAUGAAACGUUCACUCUGCAAGAGUCCGGCCAAAAAGUCCUACAUUGGCCUUGGCGCCACAACGCUUAGUAAAUGUAGCGUAAAAAAGGAAAUCAGUAACAAUGGUUUUACAAGCAUGUCUAGAGCACCCACGCCACCGCAAUUGGAAAAGCGAUGUCCAGUUGAUGGCUGUGAUUCCUCGGGUCAUCUAAGUGGAAAUUUAGAUCGCCACUUUUUACCCGAAGCCUGUCCUAUAUAUCACAACAUGUCUGUUUCCGAAUGCAAAGAAAGAGCUAAUGAGCGCAAGCUAAGAGCGGAAAGCAUUAGCAGUAAACCUUCUACAGCCUCCAAUCAUAUGGAUAGCCAAAAGUCUGGUCAGCAGUCUUCAGCAAAACUCCUACAAACUAAUGAACAAAAAGAAUUUUAUAGUAAAAUUAAAGAAUCGAGAGCACGUUUCAAACCCAUAGCGGAGGUGGUAAACAGCGAUAAAGUUAAAUUGGAAAAGGAUUGUAACGAUGAAGAUCGUGAGCCCAGUUUGAUAGGUUUAGUACCCGAUUAUGAUCUACAGUUGUUUAGAGAUGCCCAGGCUUUAGCUAGUGAAAAAAUUGAAGAUGAAGUUAAAGAUUUGCCCAUUGGCAAAGGCAUCAAAUAUAUCACAAUGGGUAAAUACAAAAUGAAAGUAUGGUAUCAGUCUCCCUAUCCUGAAGACGUUUCGAGGUUGCCACAAAUGUACAUUUGUGAGUUUUGUUUACGUUAUCAAAAAUCAGAAACCGGCAUUAAACGUCAUGCUCACAAAUGCGUUUGGCGACAUCCGCCCGGUGAUGAAAUCUAUCGUAAAGGCAAAUUACAAGUGUGGCAAGUAGAUGGUAAACGUCAUAAGCAAUAUUGCCAGCAUUUGUGUUUGUUGGCGAAAUUUUUUCUGGAUCACAAAACUUUGUACUAUGAUGUUGAACCAUUUCUAUUUUAUAUCAUGACCUUGGCAGAUGUUGAUGGUUGUCAUACGGUGGGCUAUUUUAGCAAGGAAAAGAAUUCAUUUUAUAAUGUUUCUUGUAUUCUAACACUGCCUCCGUAUCAAAGAAAAGGCUACGGAAGAUUGCUGAUUGAUUUUAGUAAGUAUAAUUGAUGAUUUAUACAUUAU